GAGGAUGAUGAGGGAAAGAAAUCCUCCAAGCAUAAGAAGAAAAAGCACAAGAAAGAGAAAGAAGAGAAAUCAAAGGAUAAAAAGAAAUCCAAAAAGAAGAGUCAUCACAGCGAGGAGGAGACAACAGAGUCAGUGCAAUGGAACACUAGAUGAUGAACCACUACCACCUAUGUCCAGUUACCGCCUUCUUGCUGAAAAUCCAUACAUUAAAAUGACCUAUGAUAUUCAAGGAAACCUCCAGAACGAUAGUCAAGUUACUGUCUCUGUUAUCUUUGAAAACAAAAGCACUAGCUUCCUUAAGAGCAUGGAACUAAAUGUCCUGGACUCUCUCAACACUAAAAUGCUCCGACCAGAAGGAUCAUCAGUACAUGAUGGGAUACCCGUGCCCUUCCAGCUCCCCCCUGGAAUCUCUAAUGAAGCCCAGUUUGUGUUUACACUUCAGAGUAUUGUUAUGGCUCAGAAGUUAAAAGGAACCCUGUCCUUUAUAGUCAAAAAUGAUGAAGGUUCAACCCAUGAAAAACUAGAUUUCAAAUUGCACUUCAGUUGCGCUUCAUACUUGAUCACGACGCCUUGCUAUAGCGAUGCUUUUGCCAAGCUCCUAGAGUCUGGAGAUCUGCACAUGAAUUCUAUUAAAGUAGAUGGAAUUAGCAUUUCUUUCCAACAUCUACUGGCAAAGAUCUGUUUUCAUCAUCAUUUUUCAGUUGUGGAACGCGUUGAUUCAUGUGCAUCAAUGUACAGUCGUUCUAUCCAAGGCCAUCACGUCUGCCUACUGGUAAAAAAGGGAGAGAACUCUGUAUCCAUAGAUGGGAAAUGCAGUGAUUCCACCCUGCUUAGCAACUUGUUGGAUGAGAUGAAAGAGACAUUGUCCAAGUGCUGAAUAUUCCUUAUAAAAUACUCCAGCUACAAGAAACACACCUCGUGUAAAGAUGAGCAGACCCAAGUGUUAAGUUUCUCCCUCGUACGCAUGUACUAUCCUGGGGCACGUGCUUUUCAGUUAACUCCACCAUUGUUUGCAGUUUAGACAUUUUAAGGCUGUAUGUUACCUUUUUAUUUCAAAACUUUUUACAAACUGUGGUGUUAACCCUUUCUAGCCCAAAGAGAUCCUGGUGACAUGACUGGAGGAGGGAGGGAGGGAGGGGCGGGCGCUAUUUAUUCAGCAGCUC